UUGCCUUCCUUUCCGCUUCCCUGGAAGUCGGAGUCUCCGCGAGCCUUGCUGAACUGUGUGACAGUGGGUCUCCCAUGUGGACGCCGCGGAGAUGAAGUUCAAUUACCGGUUUUCAAAUUUGCUGGGUACGGUCUAUCGCUGUGGGAACUUGAAUUUUACUCCUGAUGGAAAUUCCGUCAUCAGCCCAGUGGGAAAUAGAGUUACCAUCUUUGAUCUAAAGAACAACAAGUCUGAAACCCUGCCUUUGGCGACCAAGUAUAACAUUAAAUGUGUGGGACUUUCUCCAGAUGGCUGCUUUGCCAUCAUCAUUGAUGAAGAAGGAGCAGCCUUGCUUGUCAGUUUGGUUUGCAAAUCUGUGCUGCAUCAUUUCCACUUCAAUGGCUCUGUUCACUGUGUCUCCUUUUCUCCAGAUGGCAGGAGAUUUGUGGUGGCAAAAGACAACCUUGCCCAAAUGUAUUAUGCUCCUGGAAAGAAGCGAGAAUUUAAUGCUUUUGUCUUGGACAAAACUUAUUUUGGGCCAUAUGAUGAAACUACAUUCGUUGAUUGGACUGAUGAUUCUAAGUGCUUUGUGAUUGGAAGCAAGGACAUGACAACCUGGGUGUUUGGAGCAGAACGAUGGGAUAAUUUGAUCUACUAUUCACUAGGAGGUCACAAGGAUGCUAUUGUUGCCUGUUUCUUUGAAGCUGCAAGUUUGGAUCUGUACACUUUGAGCCAAGAUGGGGCGCUCUGUGUCUGGCAAUGUGAUACUGAGCUAGAUGACCUGAAGUUGAAGGCUCCUAAAGGUUGGCAGGCAGAUGUGCUACAGAAGGAUAAGGAGGAGGAGGACAAUGACGAUGAUGAAGACAUUGAAAAAGAGAACAAUACUAUUCAUGGAAAAACCAUUCCAGAUGAUGAGAAAAAAAAUGAUAAAGUGAGAUACUCACUUGUGGCAAAAUACUUUUUCAACAAAGAGGGAGAUUUUAAUAAUCUUACAUCUGCUGCAUAUCACAAGAAAAUUCAUCUUCUAGUUACUGGCUUUGCUUCUGGAAUCUUUCAUCUGCAUGAACUACCUGAGUUCAAUCUGAUCCACUCCCUCAGUAUUUCAGAUCAGAAGAUUGCAUCUAUUUCUAUCAACAGCACAGGAGACUGGAUCGCCUUUGGAUGUCCAGGUCUAGGUCAGCUACUGGUGUGGGAAUGGCAAAGUGAGUCCUACGUACUGAAGCAGCAAGGUCAUUUCAACAGCAUGGUGUCUUUGGCCUAUUCUCCUGAUGGACAGUACAUAGUGACUGGUGGUAUUGAUGGAAAAGUGAAAGUAUGGAACACCUUGAGUGGGUUCUGCUUUGUCACAUUCACAGAGCACACCAGUGGAGUCACAGCUGUGACAUUUACCUCCACAGGCUAUGUUAUUGUUAGUGCUUCUCUGGAUGGAACAGUGCGAGCCUUUGACCUCCACAGAUACCGAAAUUUUCGCACGUUUACAUCUCCACGCCCAACCCAGUUUUCCUGUGUGGCUGUGGAUUGUGGUGAAAUUGUUACUGCUGGGUCCCAAGAUUCCUUUGAGAUCUUUAUAUGGUCUAUGCAGACUGGUAGACUCUUAGAUGUUUUGUCAGGCCAUGAGGGCCCCAUCAGCAGUCUGUGUUUUAAUCCAAUGAAGUCCAUCCUUGCUAGUGCUUCUUGGGAUAAGACAGUAAGAUUAUGGGACAUGUUUGAUAGUUGGAGAACCAAGGAAACAUUAAAUUUAACCUCAGAUGCUCUAGCUGUGACUUUUCGGCCAGAUGGUGUUGAAUUGGCAGUGGCCACAUUGAAUUCACAGAUCUCUUUCUGGGAUCAUGAAAAUGCUGUGCAGACAGGGUCUAUUGAGUGCAGGCAUGACCUAAAAGUGGGUAGAAAAGAGCUGGACAAGAUAACAGCCAAGCAUGCAGCCAAGGGAAAGUCUUUUACCACUCUGUGUUAUUCAGCAGAUGGCCAGUGUAUUCUGGCAGGAGGAAUGUCCAAGUUUGUUUGUAUUUAUCACAUUAAGGAACAAAUUCUCAUGAAGAAAUUUGAAAUAUCCUGUAAUUAUUCCUUGGAUGCAAUGGAGGAAUUUUUGGAUCGAAGGAGAAUAACUGAAUUUGGCAAUUUGGCUUUGAUUGAUCAAGAUGCUGGGGACGAAGAAGGCAUUGCUAUAUCAUUGCCAGGUGUAAGAAAAGGUGAUAUGAGUUCUCGGCGCUUUAAGCCUGAAAUUAGGGUGACCUCACUUCAUUUUUCUCCCACAGGGCGAUGCUGGGCAGCCACUACCACUGAAGGCCUUCUUAUUUUCUCUCUUGACUCUGGGCUAGUCUUUGAUCCAUUUGAAUUGGAUAUCAGCAUCACUCCCAGCAGUGUACGUGCAACACUGAGACAGAAAGAAUUCACAAAGGCUAUAAUGAUGGCCUUUCGAUUAAAUGAGAAGAAGUUGAUACAAGAGGUCCUUGAAUCAGUCCCCAGUCAUGAAAUUGAAGUUGUUGCAUCAUCACUUCCUGAAUUAUAUGUAGAAAAAGUACUUGAAUUUUUAGCCUCAGCCUUUGAGAUAUCCCAUCACUUAGAGUUUUACCUCAUUUGGAGCCAGCGAUUACUCAUGUUGCAUGGUCCAAAAUUAAAAUUGAGAGCAGGAAAGUUAUUGGCCCUGAUUCAGUUUCUUCAAAAGAGUAUUCAGCGUCACUUCGAUGAUGUUUCUAAACUCUGUGACUGGAAUCGCUAUAAUAUAAAAUAUGCUUUAGGAGUUUCCCAACAACAGGGUGUGAAACGGCCUUUGGAGUCCCUGGGAAGUAAUGAAGACUCAGACUUGGAAACUGAAAGUUUACAGCUGAUGAAGGAAGAAAAAGAGAUGCAAAUAUAGCAGCAGCAUUUUGUACAGCUGUGUCAUAUUUAAUUCUUCCUGUUUUGGGUAAGACCCACCCAAAAGAGAAGAAGAAAUGAUUUUGUAGUGAUUUUUCACUGGCACUACAUGGCCCUUAUAGUGGCUUCAUUUUGUUUGUAUCCCAAUAUCAAAAUUUACUGGACAUGAGGAAUAAAACUUGAGGGCUUUGGGAAUAUUGUCUGAUUGCUACUCUUGACAGAAGAAUCAUCGUGAGUCUCUCAUUCUGGAAAUAAAAUCACAUUAUGAUAGUUGAAA